GUCUAGAAUGAAAGCGGAAACAGAAUUGAAACGUCCGGGUUUUACAAUGUUUGUUCUCAAGUACUUCCGGUCAUGCAAAACAUACCCGAUUUGUAUAUGUUCCUAGGAUGAACAGCUGAGACUACCAUGACUACUGCCGUACAGCUGUGGGCUAACCUGGUCACGUGAUGAUGCAGUCUGUACGGGAAAGGGUGGCACAGAUCUACUACACACAUGGAUUGUUCUGUGCCAGUCAUCCCUACUCAAUCAUCGUCUCCGUCAUCUGUGUCAUCAUAUUUACAUGCUAUCCCUUAUCCAACCUGCCCCUGCUGGGCAACACCCCCCUGCAACAUGGCAUGACCCUGAGCGAGUUGAAGAAACACCCCAACCUGGGCGUGUCUCCGACUGCACGGAAGAAAGCACCAAGGGAGCAAGGAGAAGACCUGAAACUCCCUAGAUGGAUUGUUGGGGAUCCUGUGGGAGUUGUCCAGCAAGUGGUUGUCAAGACAACAGUGUCGCCAUGGCAACCUCAAAAUCAUAUACCAACAGAUGCAUUCCGUCCAACCCUAGCAAAAGUGUUUGAAGUCCUGGAGCAUGUAGAGCAUGCUAAAGCUGUCAAUGGUGGUGUGGAGGUGUCUUUGUCCAAUAUGUGUCUGCGAGUGGCCGAGUCGGUCAAGUGGAUAAAGUUUGGGCAUGUCCUGCCACAUUAUGACUGUCUAGUUGUCUCCCCUGCCAAUUUGUGGAUGAAAGACAAGCACAGGUAUCAUAAAGAUGCUGAAAUAAUUAAAACAGUUUAUCAAAAAUUUGGACAAACUUUGGAAUCAUCUCCAACACUGAAAGAUGUGUUGUUCGGGGUGCCGUGGAAGGAGACAGGGGUGUCACGCUACUUCAUUCGCAAUCGUCAAAGAGUGAUAACCUUCGCCAUAUCCAUUGUCAUGAAGAAUUACAGUGCAAGUUUUGUGGAUUCCCUGAAGAGGGAGCUAGAGCAUCACUACCCAGACACAUCCCUCCACGGUAACAUCAGCGACAGCGACCAGGUGGUCCACCUCCACUACAGAGACAUCAACUACUUCGUGGAGUACACCCCCCUCCUCGUCACCUACUUCGUGAUCCUCAUGUACCUCUACUUCUCUGUCCGGAAGAUUGAGAUGGUGAAGUCUAAGAUCGGCCUGGCCAUCAGCGCUUUGUUCACGGUUGUGGCAUCACUGCUUGUGUCUGUCAGUGUGUGCUCUGUCUUUGGUCUGGCUCCAACUCUGAAUGGCGGGGAGAUUUUCCCCUACCUGGUUGUGCUGAUCGGCGUGGAGAACGUGCUCAUCAUCACCAAGUCUGUUGUGUCAACACCCGUCCAUCUGGAUGUUAAGAUCAGAGUUGCUAAAGGGUUGAGCAAGGAGGGCUGGUUCAUCACCAAGAAUCUGCUCACAGAGCUCUUCAUCAUCCUGGUUGGGUUCUUCACCUUUGUACCCGCUAUCCAGGAGUUCUGCAUGUUUGCACUGGUUGGCCUGCUCUCCGACUUCUUCCUACAGAUGGUGUUCUUUGCUACCACUCUCUCUGUGGACAUUCGGAGAAUGGAGCUGGCUGACCUCCACAAGCAGAGCGUCCUCCAGAGGACCUCGGAGGACGACACCAACAUCAACAUUGAGCCCCUCCUGCGGUGUCCGGUCAUGUCCAGAAUGACCCCUCCAGGGUCCCCACCUACCUCAAAGAUGCACCGGUCCAAGUCCGCCCCAGGGUUGGAUGUCCAGGGCGUAGCGCAACGCCACUCACCACCCCCUUCACCUCACCUCCCCGAGCUCGAGAUGUUCUUCCCUGAAACUUUUGAUAAUCCUCGCCGAUGGAAAUUCAUCUCGUUCUGGGCAAGAACACGCAUGUUUCAGAGGCUGAUUAUGCUGUGUACAGUAAUCUGGAUCGGGCUGAUUGUGUACAAGACAGGCCUGGUUGACCAGCUGACCAGCCCGGAAGGGGUGAUCCUCGCCACUAGGAGCCCCUCCGGCGCCCACCAUCUGCUGAAGCAGGAGCUGUAUGCAGACAAGGCCCAGAUGAAGGGGGUUGAUGGGGUGUACCAGGGCAGGGGGGACGAAGAGGGGUACACAGGGAGGGUGGGGGAUGAGGAGGAGACCCAGGGGAUGUCGGAGCACAAGAACCAGGAGUCCUACCUGACUUUGUCUCCACAACACUGGCCCACGCUGUUCAGCUACUACAACAUCAGUCUGGCUGGAAGAUAUAUAACUGUUCUACCACCAAUCCGUCUCUCUGCGAUCAUCGACCCACAGACAGCAGUAGAUCUACGACACGCGGCAGAGUUUGACUACUACGCUCAUCCAGGUCCCGAUGGUGAGGGCCACACUCAUCCAAUCAAAGACACCAAUGCUUCCGAUAUAGCCAAUCGAAUUCCAUAUUACAUGUAUGACCCGGAACACCUGAAGACGUUCUACCCCAAGUCUAAGAAGGAGUUCAUCAUCACCCUGUGCCUGGGCUUCCUCAGCGUCAUUGUCAUCUCGUAUUUCAUGAUCAUGCUAUAUAAGUGCAUGUGCUCCAGGAACUACUCCAAGUGGCGCCGGUCUUGGACAAAGGUGAAGAGGAAGAAGAAAGGCUACUAUAAACAGAUUAAGGAUUCAGUGCCACUUGUGUUGAAGGGGCACAGGCAGAAGAUCGAGUGUGUUGUGGUGGACGGCUCCCUGGUGGUCAGCUGUUGUUGGGGAGGGCAGCUGAGGGUGUGGGACUCCAACACAGGAGAGUGUCUGUCGGCAGUCAGACGGAGAAGUUUCACUCCACCACAGAGCAGGAAGCCAUGUGUUGGCCGCAACAUCGAGGAUAGUGAUGCCGACCUUUAUGCUGAGUAUCAUGGCGACAGCUCGUUCUCAGAUUUCAACGACUCCUCUGAGAGUCCAUUCACACGUAAACUCUGUGAACGGCCGCGUAAAUCUUCCAGUUCCAUCUGUGAUGUAAACCCUGACCUCUCCAGCACUAUCAACACCCAGUUUUCGUCCAUAGAAACAAGUCCAGGAGCUCCAUCGACAGGUCCAUUCAACUUCCAGGGGAUGUUUGAGGGCUUGUAUGAAGAACAUCGCCAGCUUGUGGCCGAAGGAGGAACUAAAGAGAUGAAGGGGAGACGACUGCACAGCGCACAGGAGACACAACAUCUGCAGCUUCCUGACGACUCUGCCCGGAACAGGAGCUGGAGUGCUGGCGACCACCCCAGCGCCACAGAUCAGCAGGACGACUACCCCCUCCUGUAUGACGCCUCCACAGCUGUCUGGUGCCUUGCCUGUCAAGAUGGAUACAUCGUGGCUGGCUGCGGCAAUGGGAAAAUUGAGAUCUGGGAGGCUGAGAGUGUGGUGCUGAAGGGCCAGUAUGAUGGUGGGAAGAGUGCAGUCAUGGCACUCUGUAUCUCGGGAAAAAGAAUCGUUGCGGCACGUAUUGACGGCACCCUCGACUUCCUAGAAAUUGAAACUUUUCUGAACCCUGUGACGUCUGCAGCUCUUCCUGCAUCUCCAACCAAACAGACAAGAGGUCAUACGAGGGCCCUCAGCAGUGGCAGUGGUUUUACAGGCGAGAUAAAGUUGUGGGACAACAUCCUCCACUGUACCUGCAUACAGAGCUACCGAGCUCACCAGCAGCCCAUCAAUGUCCUCAAGUCGGAGGGAUGUCGUGUAGUCACGGCCAGCCAGGACCACACACUCAAGGUGUUCCGCCAAGAGGACUGUUUGUGUCUCUACACCCUCCACGGCCACGUCGGCAGCGUCACCGCUCUCUGUCUAGACUCGGGCCCACCUAACGCUGCGGUCAGCGGUUCCGUUGAUGGGGACAUCCGAGUAUGGGAGCUCCUCACAGGGAUGUGCAUACACAAGUUCAGGGGUCAUGAUGGGACAGUGACAGCAGUUGACUGCACCGUCAGCCACAUCGUCAGUCUGGGCCUGGAUGACAGACUGUCAGUGUGGGACCGGACAAGGGGCCACCAGCUUCACUGCCUAGACAUGGAGCGGGCGUACAGCAGCUGCCUGACGUCUCUCACUGCCAACCUGCUGGUCACGGGGGGACAGGGCUGUCUGUAUCUGUGGGACAUAGCUAAAGGGGAACUGAUGAGGAGGAUUGAACUGGAGGACUCCGAACAGGCCUCACUAGUCAGCCAUCUUGAGGUGGUCGGCAACAUGGGGGUCGUCUGUGACUGUGGCGUCGACCUCAAAGUCAUCCAAUUCCCAACAAUCCUAGAAAAAUUUGAGUAGUAAAACAUUCACUGUCCAACUGAUUCAGCCACAUCGUGUGUGCAGUGUCGGAUGUGGAGGAAGUUAUGAAACUUUGACGUGAUUGAAGUAGGUUUACUAGGGAUCACACAAUCAAUAUGGUCACUUCAGAUGUCAGGAAAGCAUAAUGUUGAUAUAGGUCAUGUACAUGUAUCAGGAAGUUAACCCUGUUAACAAUAUUGAAUGUGCCAGCGUUUUGAACUUCCUUCAACUGGUAAAUAUAUAAUUGACUGGGAAACAGUACAAACAAUCAAACCAUAUGUGGGGAAUUACACUUUACUGCUGAACCAUUUACAUAACUGGUAUUAUGGAAAGCAGUAUUUCUGAAAAACAAACUGUAGGGAUUGUGGUGGCUGCAUUUUUUUAAAUCACAUUUAAGUUACCCAUUUGAGAGAGUUCUGCCAGGGGAGAUAACUCAACUGUUAAGUUUACAGUUAUUCCAAAUUUUACCAAAUAUUUAUACUACAGAUUAUUUGUGUACAGCAAUGUCUCUGUCCCAACUCAGCUAUUGGUUAGGAUAUUCCAUGUCCCAUUAUUCUUAUGCGUGUAUUGAACAUUAUGUUUAUCAACAUCCAAACCAUCUAGUUACUAUGGUAAAUACUUACCAACUCAGUUCCAUAUUUCCUAUAAAAGAGAUUACUCAGCGGCAGCUACAACCUGAUAAUUACCACAGGGUAGGGUUACGCCCCAGAUGUGGCAGUUACAUGACAUUUACUACACAACAUUGUGAUACUGACAGAAGUCACCAAGAUAUGAUCACAAACUGAUCCUCUGUCGGUUCUGUCACAGUAAAUCACAAGCAUGCUGUUUUACACAUGUUGCUCCCCUCUCUGACCACGCGUGGACCAGUCAUAUAUUUCAUGGGUUUUAACUUGCUUGCAAAACCAUUAUGAAACAAUGACCGGUCCCCUGUAAUGUUCCUGGCUGAGGUGACAUGUCAGUACAGGGAAUAUAUCUGCUAUAUUCCCCAGCUGUCAGUCACUUGGCCUACAGGGUGAUGUGUUGCUUUCCCAUUCUAAGGUCUAGGUUCAGUGCCAACACUGGUAUUAUGUGACCCUAUGUCUGUGGUACUGGUGAAAACAGCACAAAUCUCCCUCUCUCUCUGCAGCAUCAGAUGAGAGAAGUACUUUCAAGGAAAUGUUGUAUAAAAUAUUUAGAGCAUGUUUUACUCAAAUUUGCCUUUUUCCACCCUAUUUUCAGUUUCAAAUACUGCCCAUCAAUGUAUGAUUACAAUCAGUUUGGAAACUGUUGAGAUACUGUUUCAAGAUUCUACAAAUAUCAGAUCAAUUUUAAUGAUUUGAUCAAAAUAUUAGCACAUUAUUGCAUAAUGAGUGUCAGAUUAUUAGUGAACAAGUAUUAAUAUUGUCAUUGUAACUCAAGUGUAAGCCCAGAUCUACCCCCUUAAGUAGUAAAACACCCUCUACAAAACAAAUAUUUCCACAUGUUUUUAAAUUUUAACAUGAAUUUUUACAUUUAAUGUUUAUGAACAAAAUUGGCUACAAGCAGCACCAUUGUUUCAGAAGUCAUUCCCCGGGAAUCAUCGAUUCUAUUUUUAUGUUUCAAGAAUAAUGCAGAUAAAACACUGCAAAUUUAAUUUAAUUAAGGUCAUGUAGGUUCCAUGACUAGUUUUCUGGUUGAAGUUGUUGUGUAGACCAUGGGACUAUAUUUUGUACCCAAUCAUCAGAUCCCAUGUGUUUCUCCUGGGUUUAACUAACACAGUGACCGUACAUGUCAGAUAUAAGAUGUCUACAUCACUCCCUCUACACAGGGUAUUUGUCAGAGUCAAGGUUUAUAAUUUGUCAUUGCUCAAGCUCAUUGCACUGGCUUAUGUUUGAGAGAGGCUAGCGUGAUGAGAUUGAAAACAGUCUUCCAGAUCUGAAGUCUCUCCUGUGACCUGUUGAUUGUGACUAGUUAAGCAUCGUCAGCACUUCACGGGUUUGUAUACUCUACUUCCACCAUCACCUCCUGUACACACACCUGCUUGGCAGCAUAGUCCCUCUUUGUCACCAUCUAAUCCAGCCACGGCUGGUUCUGUCUAGUUAGAGGGACACCACUGCUGACAUUCAGACAGAUUACACAACACAGCUGAGCUGUCAUCUGCUCAAUAGAUUGUCAAAGUUUGCAGCCGUAGGUUAGUCAUUAAAUUCAUUCACAGAGUUGGGAUCGAUGGACUUCUGUGAGUUAUACACUGUCUAGUUAGAUUAUUUAACAGCAAAAAUGUUCGCUAUUCGAUCCCCAAGUCUUCCCAGGCCACAAUGUGUGAAGGUUAUUUCUAGUGUCCCCGCCAUGAUAUUGCUCACUCGCUUUAGAGUUUCACCUUUGGAACUCACUUAAGAGCUGAGGAUUAGCUGUUCUUAUGUUCAAUUGUAUUUUAAUGAUUUCAAAAGGUCUAGUCUUUGACACCUCAAGCAGCAACAUGGUCUGUGCUUUGUGUCGAUUUUGCAUCUUGGUUGUCAUGCCAACUUACUCACCCAAGUCUUCCGGGGCGGUGGGGUAGCCCAGUGGCUAAAGCAUUCACUUGUCACGCCAAAGACCUGGGUUCAAUUCCCCACAUGGGUACAAUGUGUGAAGCCCAUUUCUGGUGUCCCUGCCGUGAUAUUGCUGGAAUAUUGCUAAAAGCGGCUUAAAACCUAACUCACUCACCCGAGUCUUCCCAGAUGUUGGAGGAAGUGUACGUGUGUUCCAAACCUGUGAAGUGUUGCUGAUGCAAGUUAUCCCACUGUUGAUCCCCUCCUACUGGAGCAGCAUGCUGAUGUUGUUACGCCGUCUAUUGUUAUCUUGUUUGAGGGCUGUCAUUGGUGGAGUGGCUGAUACCAUGACAUGUUUCACUCAUGCUGCUCAAGAAGCUAUUGUCAGAUGAAAUAAUCAGGGUUCUUCCACUUCUUGUGAGUGGCAUAAUUUAGGGAUGACGUACCAUAUUUAUCUGAAAAUACCAAAGUGAUGUUUGAGUGAAAUAUCACCUUUUCGAGGAGAUCCUUUAGUUAGCCCCAAAAUAUAUUUAUGACAUCCUCUUGACCUCACAUUCUCUCUCACUGCUUUGUCACACUGGAAAGGAAACAGCCUCCUUCGAUGUUUUCAGUCAUGAAAAUCUGAAAUCUGAAUCACAAAGUGAAAGAAAAUGAUAGAACUUAAAGAUUUCAAAGUUGGAAUUGGGUUUUUUUUUAGUUUUUAGUCUUAGAUUUUGAACAAGUAGUAUAUGUUUAACAAACUGUGGUAUUGUUUGGAUAUGUUCCAUCGGUCAUGUCAUCCCUAUGUUUGCGUCAGUACGUUGUUAGAGGAUACAAUCUGCCAAUGACAGCCCCGUCUGAUGUUACUCACCCACCAAUUUUUGUUACUGUUGUUUUCAUCUUUGUAGAUCUCAAGCAACAUUGUUAGUGAGUAUUGCAUUGAAUGUAUUUUGAAGAACCUCGAUGUGAAAACCUGGGCAGUCUCUAACACAUCUGAUCUUUGUGCCUGCUACCACUACACAAAAAUCUGAGGACGUCCCAUCACAGGUCAGAUCAGAAUGACCUGUCAUCCGUCCUAUCAGAGUUGCUUACAUGAUCACAGAGGUGAUCGUUCAAAUGUGUUUUCUAUUCAUAAAACCGUGAAAGGUUUACAGGACUUUUGGAAAGAAGUCGUCUUUUUCUUGAUUCAGUUGAUAAACAUUUCGUAACAAGUAACAUUCCAUUGGGAAGUAAUACCAUACAAUCUCAGCCAUAUUAUUACAUUUAAGAAUCUUCUUUGGUUCAGUCUUCAAAUUUCAAAUCAAGAACUUUAUCAAAAUAUUUAUCAUGCAUAGUUUGUAAGUAAUCAUUUCAAAACUAGUGAUACUCAAGAAAGCUGCCUUUUGAUUGGCUAAUAUCAACUACCGGGUUGUCAUUUGGUUGGUUGGUCUGGCUAUGCGAAAUGCAGUUCCAGCAUGACCUGUAAUGGGCUGUCAUCAGUGUAGCAGCUGUAAGCACAAAGACUUGAUUUUACGGAGACUGAAACCUGGGAUGUGUUCAAGUAGAUUCCAUGACGAUCGAAUCAUUGGUGUGAAAGGACAAGCAUGUGUCACACAUAUCAUGAUAAACAAUUCAAGAUAUUCUCCAUGGAUACCUUAUAAUAUUUUUUCCAGUAUACAUCCAUUUUGAAAUAUCAUCUUGCAUUUCCAGAUGUUUGGUGUACUUGUGUUUUGAAUGCCCAGAGAUUUAAUUUGGAACCAGUGUAGCCAGCUACAGGCUUCACUAUUGAUACUAAGGCAUUCAACACGAACACCAACAAAUCCAACAAUGUGUUUAUCAAUAUUAUACAAUACAAAAGUCAUGUACCAUGGCGUGUGAUAUUUAACUGAACUAUUGAAUCAUUUCAGCCCUGACACAAACUCAUGAUUUUUCUACGUUUUUACUGCUCUCAGUAUCUUCAGAACUUGAUGUAUAACAUGACUCGCCAAUCCAUACUCGUGGGGGUCUGGGAGUCUCAUUAGGAACAGAAUAUGAUUUUGGUAACUGCCUCAAGACAUAGAAUUUUUUUCUUUGAAAGGAGCCAAAAGUGUUCUUUGUCAUACAUCCUUCACCAGGAUGUUCAGCAAAAGAAUGUAUGUAUACAUGUGUGGGUGCAUCUCAUGUGUCUGUGUGUAAAAUAUUGCUUUCAUAGUAUUUUGUGUCCUAGCCCAGCUGAAUACGCUUUAGACCUUAUCAUGCUUUAUUGUUAAUCCAAGGCAACCAAGAAUGUUAGAUUAAGAAUACUGGCAGCUGAAAAAUGCAGAUCUCUUUAAGCCUUUUUUAGACUUUGCCUGGACUAAAGAUCCUCAAGCACAAAAUCAGGACAUCCCAACACUUAAGACAAUACCACAACUGAACAUAGAUACCCCACUCAGACACGUUAUGCCAAUACCAAGUCAACCAGUCUGUGUUUAUCAUGUUGAUAACUAGCACUAGGGACAGGAGCACAACCAUCUUUAAAAGUAAACGUAUGAUGUGGCUAUGUAUUGCCUAGAACUCAAAGUUUAAUUUUAGGGAUUGUAAUGUGGUUUCAUGGGUGUACUGGUUUAUUACGUAUUCAAACACAAGAUAUUCCGUAUAAAGCUAUUAAUUCUGUUUUUGUUUUUCAAAGAAGUAUCUCCCAUCAGUCAUGAAUAAGGGAAAAGAGAAAUAUUGAAGUCAGACAGUGUGUAAAAUGUAUAAGUUAACAUGCAUUAUUUGAUGUUUGUGACUUUAAUUUGAAAAAACAUGAGGUUGAUGCUGAGAAAGUAAUGAUCAUGAAAGCAUAUAUUCUUUGUUGCUGUAGAGAUCUUUUCUUACAUUAUUUCUGGUGUCCCCCGCCAUGAUGUUGCUGGAAUAUUGCUAAAAGCGGCGUAAAACCAUACUCACUCACUCUUACAAUAUUUACUGGAGUAUCCAACCAUCAGAUUUGAUCAGAUGUGUUUACAUAUCAAUAAUCUGCUUAUCAUUAUCAUAGAAAGCACUUGGUAACCUGCACUUUUUCCUUGUCCUAGUCUUGCAUUAUGAUUGUUAUUUAUUCAUUUGAUAGAUUGUAGAUAAUCUCCAGAUCGGUAUUGAAAUCCAUCAUUGAAAUUGAGGAGAAUGUAAUAAUUUAUGUUAUUUAUUAUUUCUCUUUAAGAGGCAAGGUUUAUGCGACAGAUGUCAUAUGAUGAAAUUUGUCUUAAUUACUUAGAAAAAUGGUAUUUCAUUUCUAUUUAACCAUUUUAGUUAGUUUAGGUGACAUUUUAACAAUUAAUAAUUCAAAGGAUAACCUCGUGAAUAGAUUAAUUUGUUAGGGUGUACAUAGAUAUUGCCCCCAUAUGCAUGGCAGCCUAGUCACUGAACACUCACACAGGAGACGAAAGGACUGAACGCAGAUGGUAUGUGUUUAUAUUUUAUUGCAUGGCAGUAUUGUGGUGUACAAUAACACUUAGAUCCAAAGGUCGGUGCUCUUACACACACCUUUUCAAAGCUUACUAAUCAUGGCAACGUGAAAAAAUAUACAAAUAAAUAGUUUUGUUAAUAUUUUUUUCAAUCAGAGAUCAUAAACCAAGAAAGACAGCAGGGCCUCCCAAUGUAACAGUUACAUUUAUGGGCGAAACAGUGAUAGUUGAUAAUGUACUACUGAGGCAAGUCGCUCUUUCUAGUGUCUAUGAGUUAUUGACAAAUCUUUGGCUAACAAAUGCUGAAACAGUACCCAAAUGUUCAUCUACCAACUCAAACUUCAAUUAUGAUUUUCAGAUUUUAUAUUUCUAUAUGGCCUAGUAUGCCAACUUUAAUUGGGGAAUGUACAAGGGCACUGAAGAUCAUAUAAAAUAUGUCUGUUAUUAACAUGUCUGAUGAAAAUAAGUAUAUCCCUAUUGCAUUAUUUUUUCAUCCAAACUCCUAAACGUCUGUUAAACUUACUGUCACAGGCAGAGUGGUUUUAUUAGGUUGUAUAUUACUCAACAGAAGUUAAGAACACUCACUUAUUUCCUAGAUUAACUGUAGUCAUAUGAAAAACAACCGUAUUCUUUAACUUGUUUUGAGUAGUAUAUGAGAAUGGCCGCUGUAACGUCAAUAGCUAGUGUAAUUGAAAGGCUAGUGACAAAAUAUAUUUUAUGCUUCAAUGAGUCAUAUUAUCGGAAUUGUGUUCAAAAUGUAUCGAUUUUGCCAAAAGCAUGUUUGGUAUCUCUGGUAUUUGAUGACAAUACUAUGUAGGAAGAACCCUUCCUACAUUUGGGCUUUGGACCACUGAUUACAGCUGCAGACUGGGCCUAGGAUACGGUCCGCACAUGUGGGGGAUUUUCUCAUCCGCUGUACAUACAUGGUUGCAAUAUCACGUGUAGAUGUUGGAAGUGUGAGACGGAUUACGAGUCAUAUGAACAUGUAUAUUUUGUAUGGAUGUUUGUAUAUCACGAAUGUUUGAUCAAAGUCAUGUCUAUAUUUCUCUGUACAAUAAACCUUUUGAAAACAAA